CGGUGGUAGCUCCCCUACCCCAACCGUAUUCCAUUACUCUCUCUCUUCAGCAUUCAAUCUCCGAACUGCCCGAAGUCCAACCCAUUCCGACCCCACACUGAAAACCCAUCAAGAAUUCGAUAAAUGGGAGAUGGGUUUUGCUCGAAAGUCGAUUUCUAUUUCCUGUUUCUGAUCUGAUUCUCUCCUCUCUCUCUCUCUCUCUGGGGAGAAAGAAAAAGCAGUUUUGGGAGUUGUGUUGUUUGUAAUUUUUGUGAAGAUGAAGGUGAUUUUAGUUGCAAGGAGUGGGAGAGAGAUUAUCAAAGGAGGGUUAGAGCUCAAGGAUACGGCGACUGUGAGCGAUCUGCAAGAGGCGAUUCAUCAGCGAACUGAAAAGUACUAUCCUUCAAGACAGCGCCUCACCCUCCCGCUCCAACCUGGAUCCAAGGGAAAACCCGUUGUCCUCAGCCCCAAAAAGAAUAUCCAAGAUUAUGCUGAUGGAAACACUAACACUCUCACCGUGGUGUUCAAGGACUUGGGCAUGCAGGUUUCAUACCGCACCCUUUUCUUCUGGGAGUAUCUGGGCCCUUUGUUCAUCUACCCCAUCUUUUACUACUACCCCGUCUACAAGUACUUCGGCUAUGAGGGCGACCGUGUCAUACACCCAGUUCAGACAUAUGCCAUGUACUCCUGGUGCUUCCAUUACUUCAAACGCAUCAUGGAAACGUUCUUCGUCCAUAGGUUCAGCCAUGCAACUUCACCUCUCUCGAACGUUUUCCGGAACUGCGCGUAUUAUUGGUCUUUUGGAAUGUACAUUGCUUACUAUGUGAACCAUCCUCUCUAUACUCCUGUAAGCGAUCUUCAGAUGAAGAUCGGGUUUGGUUUCGGAUUGGUUUCUCAGCUUGCAAACUUCUAUUGCCAUCUAUUGUUGCGGAACCUUAGGAGCCCGGACGGGAACGGUGGGUAUCAGAUCCCACGCGGGUUUUUGUUCAAUAUCAUUACAUGCGCCAACUACACAACAGAAAUCUAUCAAUGGGUUGGUUUCAAUAUCGCCACACAGACGGUUGCAGGUUAUGUCUUCCUCGUGGUGGCGGCUUUCAUCAUGAGCAAUUGGGCCCUUGCGAAGCAUCGCCGAUUGAAGAAGUUAUUUGAUGGAAAAGAAGGAAGACCGAGGUAUCCAAGGCGAUGGGUCAUCCUUCCUCCAUUCCUCUGAGGAACGACUCCAUGUUCCAGUCGGCCUCUCUGUAUUCCAAGUAAGCGAAUUUCAUGGGCCGAUUUCAAGAUCAGUUAAAUUAAAUUCAAACCGCAAUAGAUUUUAUUGGGAAAGUUCUUUUAAACACUGUUCUGUUUGUAGGUUUGUGUCGUCGCUUGUCUUGAAGCUAGAUGCUGUAAGACACUAAGACUGCAAAUGAUGCUUAUUUAUUUCUAGAAUUCCCAUGGAACUUUUUA